AUGUAUACUAAUAUGGAUCUUCAUUCAAUUUCAGUCGAAAUACAACCAUCACGUUCAUCAAUUCAAUUAAAAACAACUGAUUAUAGUAAAUUAUUACUUAAAAUAGCUGGUAUUAAUGUUAUAUUUUUACCAUGUACAAUUAUUUGUAUUGUUUUUGAUUUAAUUGCUACAUUAAUUAUAUUAGGAAUAGGUGCAUUAAAUCAAUCAUCUUGUCCUAUUGAACCUCGUAUACCAAUUUAUUUAAUUGUAUUCGGUAGUAUUAAUCUUAUAAGUAUUUGUUUUACUAUUAUAACUAGUAUAAUUUAUUAUCGACAAGAUGAUAAAAAUUUAAUUGGAUUUUAUUUUGUUCAUUGUUCAGCAAUUAUAAUUAUUCUAUUACAAUUAUUUAAUUAUAUUUGGCUUAUUAUUGGAAGUAUAUGGAUAUUUCAUGUUUUUAAAGAUGUACAAUAUACACAAUUUGAUCAAUCAACUUAUUGUCAAGAAAAUUUUUAUCAAUUUUCAAUGAUUUCAACAAUUUUACAAUAUGCUCUUUCAUUUGUAAUUUGUGGUUGUAAAAAUCUACCUUGGAAUUUUUAA